GACAUCAAGACUCAGAAUGGGUCUUCUGAAGUGGUGCAGUUGAAUGGAGUAAGUAACGGCCAUCACACCAGUAGUAGCAGCAGCAGUAAGCAUAAAUCCUCUAGCAAGGACAAACACCGUGACAAAGACCGUAGCGAUCAUAAAAGUUCGAGCUCGAGUUCAAAGGAUCACAAAAGUAGCAGUCGCGACAAAGAUAGACACCAUAGCAGUUCGUCGUCCAGUAACAAGGAUAAACAUCGCGAUAAAGACCGUGAUGGCAAGCACAGCUCUAGCUCGAGCUCGAGUCACCGGGAUAAAGACCGUGACAAGGACAAGGAUAAACACAAAUCAUCGUCUUCAUCGAGCUCUAGCCAUCAUAAGAGCUCUUCCAAGGAUAAAGAUCGAAAAGAUAAAGACCGCAAGAGGGACAAGGAUAAGGAUCGCCAUCGCAGUUCGUCGUCUUCGAAACACAAACAUUCCAGCUCUAGUUCUUCGAAAUCAUCAUCCGGUGACAAGCCAAAAUUAUUAGAUGGGGAAUUUAUUAAACCCGAACCGAUCUCGCAACCUUUAGCUGAUUCACAAUCAAACGGUUAUAAUACUGAUUUUGCUGCACUCAGACCAGAACCAGUGGGAAACGAUUAUAUGGAUGAAUCAAAUACCGGAUUUGAUAAUAAUCAGUCUAAUAAUGGUUAUGAAGAGAAAUCGUUCAUUAAAAUGGAAGAACAAAAUAAUAUAAAUAUUUCGCAGGCCAGCUCAUGUGACUAUUCCAUGUCACAAUUUAAGGAGGAUGAGCCGGCAUUUGUUGUAAAAGAAGAGGCCAGUGGCGAUGAAGAUAGCAAACGAGGGGGAAGUGCAGAACGUGAAGACGACGAGGAAGACAUCCCUCUGGCUAAGCGAAAAACAAGUGCUAAACCACGUGAUCCACUUGCUGACGAUGAAGAUGAUGAAGAGGAUGUACCUCUUGCUAAGCGUAAAAUAAAGGCCGAACCUGAAGAUGAAGAUGACGAUGAGGAUGUGCCAUUGUUGGCACGAAAGAAGCCCAAAAAGGAACCAUCUGCUAGCAAGUCUAAGAAUAAAAAGAAACGUGUUAAAGAAGAGGAAGAGGAGGAAUAUGAAGAGACAAAACCCAAAAAGAAAAAGACUAAAAAGGUAUAG